AUGCCUCCAUCGUCCCUCCACCCUCCCUCUCCCUCCGGGUCCGAUCGACUGGCGGAAGAGCUCGCUCCCACCCUCGACCAGCUCAAAAAUCUCGCUGCCAGGAACCCGAUCACCCUCCCCGAGGCUUUGGCGGCGACUGAACCUCUUCUACGCCUCCGUCAUACCUUUAUCGAUGAUGCCCGACCGGGAGCAGCCAAGGAUACCUUUCGACAUCUUCAGGGCUUCCAAACGCUGCUGGGGUUAACGGAUCGGCUCGUCGAGCUGUAUGACAUCAAUGUCUUGACUCAGGAGGAAAGGAAACGCCUGCUGGGUAUCCACAAAGACGUGCUGGGUGUCCUAGCCGAAGGCCUGAAAGAUCAUUCUGGCAACAAGCGAUACUUUGUCCGGAGGAUCCCUAGCGGAGGGACUGCUGCGCUGGAGCGGAUUCUAACCGCCCUGGUGAAAAAGAUAGACACCGCCGAGGACGAUGCACAACAACUCUAUGGCGCUAUUCUGGCUGCUGCGCUCUGCCAGGAGGCCGUGGCGGGUGUUUUUGUAACACUGAACACAAAGUUUUUGCAGAGUAAUACUUCAAGAUCUCCGCAAGAAUUCCAGCAGGCUGUGGAUCAAUGCAUGGGAUCUGCCGAGACUGUCGAAGUCCCCGAGCUGUUGGGGCCUUUCCUCCGCAUCUGGUUGAUGCACUCGUCCGCUUCAUCGGGUUUCGACAUAUUGCGUCUGGCGCUACCUGCUUGUCUUUGCCAAUUGGCCUCUCAAUCCUCGAGAAAUGUCGUAGCCUUACAUUCCACCGGAAUGCUGACCCCCAUACUGCCCCUCUUGUUCGAUAAUGGCCGGUCCGACACUGAGAGAGCACUUUAUCGAGAUCUUGCUCAAUCGCUCAGCGCUCAAGGAACGAGUAGUUUGGAAGAUGCUGUUGCCUUGUACCGCCGGGCGCAUGAGAGUCCGGAGGUCUUGAAAUUUCUUCUGUCGGCCCUGAAAAACUCCAGAGAGCCUCCCUCGAUCCAGUUUGAUAUGUCUCUUCAUGGAUUUUGUUCGGUCGAAUUUGCAACUCUCGGCCGUCCGUUCCCACCAGCUGCGUCUGCCGGCUACACACUGGCCGUGUGGGCUCGAUUUGAUGAGUUUGACCAAAAGACCCAUACUACAAUAUUCGGGGCAUUUGAUCCAACCCAGACCUGUUUUGUUCUUGCUUAUCUGGAAAAGGACACGCGGAAUUUCAUCCUCCAGACUUCCAUACGUGGUUCGCGGCCCAGCGUUAGGUUCAAGUCAGCACGAUUCGAGCCAAAUCGCUGGUACCAUAUCUGUGUUGUGCACAAGAGGCCAAGGCCUACAUCCUCCUCACGAGCGUCUCUGUUCAUCAAUGGUGAAUUCGUUGAGCAGUUGAAAAUUGAAUACCCUUCUGUUCCAGGGGGUGACAAUUCCAAUAGAGCACCUCGCGUCCAGGCCUUUUUUGGAACCCCCAAGAUUUGGCAAUGCGUCUCGGGAGAGGACGAUGACAUGGUCGCCGUGUUUUACAACUUGGGACCCCGGUACUAUGGAAAUUUCCAAGAUUGUCUCGGUUCUUUCCAAACGUACAAGGCCUCAGCAACUCUGAAUCUGCGCAACGAGCAUCUUCAUCCCGGAAAAGAGGACUCUUCUGACAUCGUCACCGCCAUUCGACGACGGGCGAGCAUCUUGGUUCGGGAAAGCACAAUCUUGAUCAAUGUUUCGCCUGUCGCUGUUCUGGAUGACGACGACAGCAAUAACGUGGACGAAUCACAGCUCAUAAAAUCUCUGACCCGACAGGCGGCCAAAAGUCUCCAACAGUUAACCAAGGCAGGUGGGAACGCGGUUGCAAUCAACGGUGCAACUCCCGCCAUCAAUGAUGGCCUGACACAACCUCAGGGAGUUGGCGUUCUGACGGGUAACCCAGUCGUUGCAGUACCCAGAUCGCUGGAUGAUGCUAGUUGGUGCUUAGGGGGAUGCGCCGCAGUGCACUUGACCCUAGUCCAGGCGGCCGACACCGCGGAAAGCACUCGUUUGGCUGUUGAGGCGCUCUACGAAGCUGUUCAGGACAACUGGAGAAACAGUGAGGCCAUGGAGAAAGAGAAUGGCUACGGUAUCCUUGCAGCCCUAUUGCGUGACAAGUUGGGAUUCCAGCUCGGCACCUUGGUCGCAGCAAAUAAGAGCACCGUGGUCGGGUCCAAUGUAGAGGAGCAGCGCGUAUUAACUCUUGAGCUGCUUCGCCUGACGCUUGCAUUUGUGGGAUAUGACCUAGAGUACCCGCCUCGUUCUAUAAUCACGAACCCACUUGCUUAUCGAGUGUUACUUGUGGACCUGGACACCUGGCGGUUUGCGGAGCCACCGGCUCUUGAACUGUAUUAUUCGCAGUUUCGCACAUUUGCCUCUGAAAGCAACUACCGUCGAUUCAACGCAAAGCGACUGGGGCGUAUGCGCGUCAGCAAGAAACUGCUAGAGACUCUGAAGGGAGGGGAACUGACACAGGAAGCUUUACAACCGUGCCUCUCUGCUUUCAAGUCUUUGAUGGAAACCAGUAUGUCUCCUGAUCUCCUUCGAUCUCUGGCCCUGUCCAUCACCUACGCUUUGCACAAGCCUAGCCCCUCCGCUGGCCUUCAGAAGAAAAAGAGCCUUCGGUUUACCGCGGCCCGAUCACGAUCAACAUCAUCGCGACCAGCCUCGUCAAAAUCGGAUUCGAGCAAGUAUGUAUCAAGCAUCACAGUGGGCAUUGAAAUGCUACGGCUGUACUCUGAAGUGCUUUGCAAUCCACAUGACUCUGCGCCAUUGAAAAAGUUUGCCAAAGCGGUUACGAACAAGGUUUGCGGAAUCCUAUUCAGUUAUUUUUUCAAGGCUUUUUUUCUUACACAGCUGCAGUGGCUCUUGUAUCUCCUAUGUGAGGAUGAACCCGAAGUGGUGGUACUCGCAUGCAAAAUCCUGGCUCGACUCAUAGUCGUUCAUGGCAGCAGCUACAGCAAGAAGUUUUCGGAGAAGACUGGUGGCUACACAAUUUUGCAACAACGCCUGAAGAGAUGGUGGAACAUACCUGUAUUAUGGCCUAUCUGCUUUUCCAUCUUCUUUGGGUACGACGUCGCUUCGUUGGACCUUGACCGACCUUUCGACAAAUUUGGACUCCUUGACCUCUUCUUGCCCCACGGCAAAGAAGAUGUUAUCUUCCCCGAAAUGCUUCCCGUAAUCAUAGAGAUGGUCAAAAGUGGCUUGAGGAGUGCCAUUCUCGCGGGCGACGUCACGGAAAUAAGCGCGAGGGGCCAAGGAUCUUUGGAUGAUUGGUUAUCCAAGUGUGACAAGCCGAAAAUGGCCUCUUCGAACUUGACUGGAAUUGCUUCACUGAGCCUCGCCACCCAUGGAUUUUCUCUCAUAGCCGCGGUAGUCCAAUUUCUGACGGAGGCACGUUUGAGAUCACGAGGCUUCCAGGACUUCACGACCCAAUCCAACUAUGUCCAGGAGCUUCUUUCCGUUCUCUUUCCCGUCGUCGUCGGUGCAGACACCGUGAGCCCAAACGCAGAGCUGGAUUUGCGGCACAGUGGGCUUAGUUUUGAUGAUAGCAAUCUAGUUUUACGGCCACGCUCGAGAGCCGCAAAUACAUCAACUGUCUUCCAGACCACCACUGUCGAGGCUGCAGACAGCCCCGAUGAAAGCAUCAACUCAUUGCGGCGUGGCUCAUCGUUUAUUCUUGUUUCCUCCGAUAAAGCGAAACACCAGCCAUCUGCUGCUCGGAUACGUCGUGUUUUUAACCCCAACUUCGACGCAGAAGGGACUGCUACCGACCACCCACUUGUCAAGGCCAUUUUCGAACUUGUCCUUGCAGUUUUCAAGGAGCAGCUCCUGGUACGAAAAGAUUUCUCUGGUCUAGGACUCUUCCUCAAGACACCCCCUGGAUUCUUGGAACAACAGGCAUAUUUUAAUUCUUGGAUUCUCGACUGCGUUCUGGCAACUGUCCAAGAUUUGCCAGUCUCUCAGCCCAAUCUUCUUCGGGAACCACGAACUCUCACAAACCUUGCACGUUUUGCUACACACCUGGGGGAAGCAGUGUAUGAGGGCUGGUUCAUCAAUGGGGCAUCCUCCAGCUUCGAAUGCCUAGGUACAGUCCUGGAGUAUCUUCAGCGCCCCGACAUCUGUCAGUUGAAGAGUAUUCGAUUGUGUAGCCAAGCGGUGGCCACUAUCCACUCGACUUUAUACAGAAUUGUUUUAUUCCAACUGUCAGAAGCAGAGGAGGCUGAGACAUUGCCUCUUUUGAAGCGGUUGAAUUACUGGCAGGUGGUGCUACUGUCGGCAACUGAACCCCAGACGAAGUAUCUGCAGCUGUUGUGCUAUUUGCUUUAUACCAAGCUUAUUAGCAUUGAGCAAGAUGUCCGCCUGGCUGCUGCCAGUCUCUGGCGGAUCAUCCUUGUACAGAAACCCGAUGAGAUGGCAAACUUGCUCACCCACGGGCCUGUCACCAUUCAGCGCCGGCUUUCAGAUGGCUUUGACGCCCUCGCCGGAAUGGACGACGAGGCUUUUUUACAAUGGAUUGAUGAUCAACGUGAGGAUCUUGACGCCUUGUUCUUUGGGGUUUUGUCUCGUUCUUGGGAUGCCUUUGUCCAGGAAGAGAAUACAAACAGCGAAGAUUCGGCCAGGAGUCGAAUCUUAAAGCGCAAGGAUCGAUUGAAACAAUGGCUCCAGCUCGAGUCUCUGGAUGAAGAGGUGACUCGAAAGCAUCAUGCCACCUUGCCGCACUGGAUUUCGAACAUAUCUGCCUCGGAAUUUCUCAAGUCUCAACGAUUCAUGCAAGAUUUACAGGAUAGCUCCGCUUUCAUGUGGUCAGCCUUCUCUAGUCUACUGCUGGAUCUCCGACGUCCGGGUGGUCUUUUUGCUGAGGAGAAGGAGCGCAAAUGGAGGUUGGAUCAGACCGAGGGUCGGAGUCGCAUGCGGUUGAGGGUUGUACCGGUCGAGUCGGGCGAGCGACAGGAUUAUCAACCCAAGAGAAAGGCCUCUGAGCCCCCUGCCGUGAAGGUUGAUACGCGCAUCCGUGCUAUCUCACAUGGCGACACUUUGUCCACCCCCACAGCACUAACAGAGGAGCCAGAGUCUAUGGAAACUGAAGCCCAGGACGGCGAGGCUGACAACCGGAGUAUGCUCGAAGACAACUUUGAGAUGAUCGAUGAUCCAAAGGUCGAGCUGGAAGAAUACGAGGACAAAAAUCGCAAAGUGAUGCGCUCUCUUCACCGCGGUGACCAGGUUCAGAACGUGUGCAACAUGUCCCGAAUCAUUGGUCUCGAAGCAGUGGAAGGUCUCUUGAUUCUUGGCAAAGAUUGCAUUUACAUUCUGGACAACUUCUUCCAGCGAGCGGACGGCGAAAUCGUUAACGUCUGGCAAGCCCCUGCCGAAGAACGAGACCCUUAUGUGCGCAUGAUUUCAGGUCGAGAAUCGAAUGAUCGCCGAUUGCAAGAUCGUGAGAUGAGAAGCUGGAAGUGGUCAGACUUGGUCAGCGUGUCCAAGCGCCGCUUUUUGUUCCGUGAUGUCGCUUUGGAAAUUUUCUUCACCGACGGCACCAGCUAUUUGUUAACACUUUUCUCUGCCCGAGCACGAGAUGAACUGUGUAGUCAGCUCGGAAUCAAAGCACCCCAAGUCACCGGAAGCACGGGGCAUUCAAGGCCGGAGGAUAUAUGGCGAUUUGAAACCCUUCGCAGUCAAGAAGACGCGCCUCAAUCCCUUGGUUCCAAAUUUGCUAGUGUCUUCGGCCAUCUCCCAGAAAACCCAGCAACGCGCAAAUGGAUCAAAGGCGAAAUCUCCAAUUUCCAUUAUCUCAUGUUGAUCAAUACUCUCGCCGGACGAACGUUCAACGACUUGACUCAGUACCCUGUUUUCCCAUGGGUCCUGGCAGACUACACGAGCGAGGAGCUUGACCUGACCAACCCUAGUACUUUCCGCGACCUGUCAAAACCGAUGGGUUGUCAAACUCCUGACCGGGAAGCGGGUUUCCGCGAGCGAUACAAUGCUUUUGCAGAGAUGGGAGACGACAAUUCCCCACCGUUCCAUUACGGUACCCAUUACUCCUCCGCCAUGAUUGUGUCUUCGUACCUCAUUCGCCUUCAGCCGUUCGUCAAGUCCUAUCUUCUCCUACAAGGAGGUACCUUUGACCAUGCAGACCGGCUUUUCUACUCAAUUCGCAAAGCCUGGGAGUCCGCCUCGCGGGGGAACAUGUCAGAUGUCCGUGAAUUGAUCCCAGAAUUCUUUUAUCUCCCAGAAUUUCUCGUCAACUCGAACAAAUACGAUUUUGGGCUUUUGCAGAACAUGACCACUGCCAUUGACUCGGUGGAACUCCCGCCGUGGGCCAAGGGGGAUCCCAAGAUUUUCAUUGCGAAAAAUCGAGAGGCACUUGAGAGUCCGUAUGUGUCAGAGAACUUGCCCCACUGGAUUGAUCUGGUGUUCGGCAAAAAGCAGAAAGGCGAGGCCGCGGUUGAGGCUGUCAAUGUUUUCCACCACCUGUCCUAUAAAGGAGCCAAGGAUCUUGAUGCCAUUGAUGAUCCGAUGGAACGAAUGGCGACGAUUGGGAUCAUUCACAACUUUGGGCAAACUCCUCAUCAGAUCUUCCAACGGGCUCACCCGCCAAGGGAGGACCGACGAUACCGCGUACCACGACUGGAUACGCUGGCCGAAUCUUUGACCCAAAUGCCGUUAUCGCUUCUGGACAUCGAAGAGCGAGUGGCCACCAUGUCCAUGAGACAAGACCGACUUCUGUGCACCGCGGCUCUCAGGCUCAAUGUCCCACCUAACUAUGACAACUAUAUGGAAAGGGGAUUCUUCGAUGGCAGCGUCCGUUUCUACUCCACAGACAGUCGCAAGCUGUUGGGACACUUUGAACACCUCCACAUCGGCCAACUCUCUCAUGCCAGCUUUGCGGAUUCGCGCACACUCAUCACCUGUGGCACAGACUGUACAAUCUCCUUAUGGACGAUCACCCUUACCUCUAGGUCGGUGGACCUGCAGCCAAUCGGAUCGUUGUUUGGCCAUCGGGCGCCAGUCACAGUCCUGGCCGUCUCGCGUUCUUUUAGCGCCUUACUCUCCGCAUCAAAUGAUGGUCGGAUCAUGCUAUGGGAUUUGAACCGGCGGACCUUCUUGCGAGAACUUCCCAGCACUGGGGUGGUGAAUUGUGCUCGAAUCAACGAUGUUACGGGAGAUAUCAUGGUCUGCCGUGGCAAUCGUCUGACGCUUUACACCCUGAAUGGGGCCGUCCUGGUAGACCAGCCGGUGUGCGAGUCUGGCGAUGACCAUGUCCUGUCCUGCGUCUUCUAUGAGGGGGUGCAGAACGAAUGGCUCGAGCGGGACUUGGUCCUGACGGGUCACACUCGAGGCGUCGUCAACAUUUGGAGCAAGACCAUCUGCGCCGGCCGAUUUGAACUAGAGCUGAUUCGACAACUGCAUCAUACCGACAGCAGUCGCGACACCGGCGCCAACGUCAGUUCGGGAAUCAGCUGUAUCUUGGCUCUGUCACAUGUGGUGUACACAGGGGAUGAAGCAGGUCGAGUGUAUGAGUGGAAUUGCAUUCAACGUCGCUAG